UUUAUCUAUUAUGUGCAAAACUACAGUGGGUGUCGUCUGUGUGUAAAAUAACUUUGGUGUAAACAAAAUGAGUUCUCAUCUUUCAAACGGUCGCGUAAAUGUUGCCCUCUUAAGGGAUGAUGCUCGCCGAUUAUUACUUGACUGUCUUGAUAAAUGUCCUGGGACUAAAGCUCUCUUUUGGGAUGAAAAAUUAAGUGGCCCAUUUGGUUUGAUAGCUGAAUAUGUGUUACUUCAGGAACAUGAAGUCACAAAGAUGUUCCCUUUACAGUGUAACAGAUAUCCAUCUGUGGAUGCUAAAAAUAUUAUAUUUAUCGUAAGACCUAAAAUUGCUCUUAUGGAUAUAAUAGCAGAUUAUAUUUUAAAAUUAGAAGGUAUGAAAAUUUCAAAAAAGGAAUUUAGUAUUUUCUUUGUUCCAAGGAAAAAUGAACUCUGUCAAGAAAGACUGUCU